AUGUCAACCAUAUUGUACGCUACAACUCACCGCUCCUGGAGAUGUACGGUCUUUCUGGUCCUGAGAUUAAGUGAGACUGUUCUGGAGAAAACAAUGACUCACUGGAAGAGACCGGAACGAGACGUGACUAGUUGGGCUGUUGGCUGCGAACUGGGGCGGGGAGGGGGCAUUCUACGCCGUAGGGCAGCCGUGACGUCAUGCGGCGUUGCCACACCUCUGUGUUCCAGACCUUACCCAACUAGCUUCGGUUCUGUCAAUGGAGGCCCUUCUUCCAUAUGGCUGGAGUCCUUCGGAAGGUCGAUCGCCAACGGGCAACGCAAUACGGCUUAUACUGGUUCGAACAGGUUAGCGGUUUGGAGCGGGAUCAUUAUCAACUAA